GACGCCACAGCAGCACACGUUGCCUCAGUGCCUCGCCGUCGCACAGUCACUGAGUCACACACUGUCUACACACACGGGUCACGCUCACAUCCAGACCGCCGUGCACACACACGCACUCGUACGGCGCAUAUCAUCGACGAACCGCACGGCGCACACGCCACACACAGACACACGCUCGCGCACAAAGAUACAAAGACGUAGGUAUCGCGCAAAUGCGCAAUUUGCAGCUGAUCAGCAGUGGUCUCACACGUUAUUGUCAUUUCUCUUUAAGUCUUGGCUUUCUCCAACGCCUCAGACACACACAGACAUGUCAAUAUGACGGCUUUGACGGUCGAAUCUUUGAAUUGUUACAAUAAUUAUUAUAACAACAACGACCGCAACAACAAUGAAAAUCCGUGCAAUAUUUUCCUCGUGCGCCGACGUACGUCGUAUUAUCGUUUUAGACACAAUUGAGUCGUUGAGCACAAUGUAGAAGGCGGACGAAAGUACGACACACAUAUAUGUGUAUGUAUAUAUAUAUAUAUAUAUGUAUAUAGAUAUUAUUUAUAUAUAUAUAUAUAUACAUAUAUAAUACAUAUAGCGACGAGAAAAAUUUGCACAUAUUCUAGACCAAGCGUCUAGAAUACAAUGUCUUCUCCUAACAAACAACCAGUUGUAGAGGCCAUUAUCUCUGUUUUUGAAACAACUCAAAAUCAGUCCUGGUCUAUGUUCAGCGAAAAGCUGAACAAUGUUUCCAACGAAAACUCAAAGAAAAAACCUCCGGCCAAAUCAGAGAACACCAUUACUUUAUCUAGUGACGACAUUCCUGUAUUCGGUUUAGUCCCUCGACUUGAUAAAGUAAUGUUAGUUUCAUGUAACGAAUGUGCAAUGAUAGUGAAAAGAGAUUGUAUACAUAGUCAUUUUUAUCGCCGUCACAACAGUAGUAAUGCUAGUCAUUCAGAAGCUGAUAAAUUUUCACUAGUUAACUUUUUAUGCACUGUAAAAACCAACAAAAAUAAAAAGCUAAAAAUGACUGUUCGAAAGACUUCAGAAAAGAAAAUUAAUGAUUGUGAAAAAGUUAACUCUGUUGUAAACGAAAUAAAAACUGAAUUUGAUCAAGAAGAGUAUGAAAGAUUAUUAGUAAUAAAUAGAGCCAAAAUCAAACAAGAAAGUACCACAGAAUAUGUCGAUCACCAGGAUGUUGACAUGGCAACACCAAGUUGCGACCCUAGCACUAGUUCUGGUGUUUCUGAUUGGGAUAUUAAACCAUGCAUUCAGAGUUUAGCUUUAGAUCAGUGUACUGAUCAUAAAGUAGAUGACAAAACUAUGGAGCAUGAUAAAUAUUCUAAUAAAUUAUCAUCUGAAUCACUCUGUAAUAAAGAAGAUCUACAAACCAAUAAAUAUUUAAAUACUCAGAACAUCGAACACAGUGUAAACAAUGUAACUAAUUCUAGUGAGUUAUUGAAAUCAGAUCCAAUUGAAAAAAUGAAACCUAAAUUAACUAUAGAUUUUUCAGGUUUUAUGCACAGUGAUAACAAAAAAUAUUUUAAAAAACAUUACAAAUAUAAAAAAAAGUACAAAAAAUGUCAACAUAAAAUAGAGAGUAUUAAAGAAACAACUAAAAUACUAUUAACAAACGAGUAUUCAGGAAUCAUAAACAAUACAAAUUAUGAAGAUAUUUCUACUUUUUAUAAUCAAUCAUCAAAUACAUCUGCAGUUGAUGUUAAAAUUGAAUAUUAUAAAUUAUUUUCUGGAUUACAAAAUGACUGUGAAGAUACAAAACUUUUUUCACACUAUGAAGAUUUAGAUAUAAAAAUUGAAACGCCUAUUGAUUCUGGUGAUUCCGCUGCUUGUUAUCAUCAUUCUCCUGAAUCACCAAAAAUCAAAGAAGAAUUUCAAAUUACACCAAAUAAUAUGUAUCCAGAUGUGAAAAUAAAAGAAGAAUAUGAUGAAAAUAAUGACAAAUGUAAAGUGGAAUUUUACCAACCACCAACUGAAUUUACCAAAUGUUCAUCAGACAAUAAUCAUUCUGAAGUUUUAAGUAGUAAAUAUUCUGGCAAUGUUGAUUGUAAUCUUUCAUCAAUUUCUCCAUGUAGUGUUGCCAGUAUCAAAGAAGAAACAACAUUUAUGGAAAGCAGUGAAAACAUAAUGAUUAACAAAAGUUCUGGUGAUACUGUUAUUAGUAACAAUCAAUCAUCAAUUCCAUUACUAGACAUUAAAGAAGAAUCAAAAUAUUUAUUAACCACUGACUUUUUAAAUGAAGAAUCAAAACCUUCAUUAACUACCGACCAUAUUAAUGAAGUAUCAAAGCCUUCAUUAAUCACCGUCCAUACAAAUGAAGAAUCAAAACCUUCAUCAAACGUUGACUUUAUUAAUGAAAAAUCUAAAUACCCAUUAAUCACAGAUUAUAUUACUGAUAAUUCUUACACUGAAUAUUAUCAAUUAUAUACAGAUUCAGUUCCACAACUUUCACCAAGUUAUAAGUAUUUAGAUGAUGAAAUCAAUUUACAGAUUGAAAAAGAUUUGAAUGAUCAGCUCAAUAUGCAAUCUGAAAACAAUUCGAAGGUUGAAGAUGAUUUGAACGAUGAACUCAAUUUCUCAGGUGAAGACCACUUGAUCGAUAAGUUAAUUUUGCAGAUUGAAAACCGUUUAAGUGAUAAAAUCAAUCUGCAGGUCAAAGGAGAUUUGAACAAGGAACUCAAUUUACAUGUUGAUAAGAAUUUGAAUGACAAAAUCAAUUUUCAGGCUGAAGAAGAAUUGAUUGAUGAAAUCGAAUUGCCGACUGAAGAUGAUGAUGAUACUGAUUGGCAAAGUGUAAGAGAUGAACAUAAUUUUCAGGAUGAAGAAGAUUUGAAUGUUGAUUUAAAUUUGCAGGAUGAAGAUGAUUCAAGUAUAGAACUCGAUGAUCAGGAUGAAGAUGAUGUGAGUGAUGAACUCAGUUUGCAAAGUGAAGACAAUUUGGACAAUGGAUUACAUUUUCAAGCCGAAGAAGAUUUGAAUGUUGAACUACAGUUGCAGAGUGAAGACAGUUUAAGUGAUGUGGAAAAUUUAAGUAAUGAUGAAGAUCUAGGCAAUGUAGAAGACAUGAGCUAUGGAGGAGAUUUGAAUGAUGAAGAAAACUUUAGUGAUAAAGAAAAUUUGGGAAGUGAUGAUAUUGGAACUAAUAAUAAUUUAAAAUAUGAUUGUCUAGUACCAUCUCAAUCACAAGAUAAUGAAGAAGAAACAAAACAUAUACCAAGCAAAGAGUGUUCUGUUAUUAUAAACAAUGAAAAUUCUAAUGUUGCUUUUACUGACCAUGAUCAAUCACCUACAGAAACACUAGGUAAUGAAGAAGAAUCAAAAGCUAAAUCUCAAACAGAUGAUACUUAUGUUGUGAUUGAUAAUGAUGGUAUUAUUAACAACUUUGAAAAUGAAUAUUAUCAAUAUGACCACGAACCACAAACAUCAUUUACACCAAACUAUAAAUAUUCAGACGUUAUAAGUAAUGACAGUUCUGACAGUUCUAAUGAGUCUUUAUCAAGUUAUGAUCAAUCAUCUGUUGAAUCAUUAGAUGUUGGUGAUAAAAUAGAUUAUUCAUCAACCGAUACUUCCUCAGAUUCUACGAGCGACGAGAGUUUGUAUGAUUCCGAAUCUACCACUAGUAGUAGUGAUCAAUCAACUAUAUUACAUGAUAUUACAAAAAAAACAAAGUAUACUCAAACUAAUUUAUUAGAAAAUCAUGAACAGUUUAUGGAUCGUAUUGCCAUGUUACCCAAUUCAUUUGGUCGUGUAGAUGGUAAACACAACUGUACUCAAACCGAUGUACCAUUAGAAUGCAUGAAUUGCUAUGAUUCCACUAAUGAUUACGUUCACCGCCAUAGCACUCAAAUCGAUGAAAAUUCUGCUCCUAUUAACUCUAACGUUCAAAUUGAUGAAUAUGGUGUUAAUAACUUUACUCCUAUCAGUUCAAGUGCUCAAAUUAUAAAUAAAAAGAUCAUUCCCAUGGAUGUUGAAGUGUAUGAACUUAAAGAUAGUAGUGACAGUGAUUUUAAUAUUUCAAAUAAGUCACAUUAUUCAUCUCAUUUCCACCCACAUCCUUGUAACCCAGCAAGUCAAAAUAACAAUUUAAUACAUAGUCCUAUCAAUGAAAAUAAUUGUAACAUAUUCAAUGAUGAACUCAAUGCAUAUAAACCAAAUGAGUAUACUACAAUUAAUGAAGCAAUACCAUUUAUAAAAAAAAAUAAUGAAGUGUAUAUAGAAUUUAGGAAGAUUGUCGAUAAAAAAAUUGUUAAUGACAGAAAUUGUAAAAUACUGCCAUUUGUGAGAAUUGCAAAAAAUUUAAAAAAAAACUUAAAGAGACAAGUUGCUGAUAAUAAAGAAAAUCGUAAUCACUUGCUAUCAGGGAGCAUUAAAAAAUUUAAAGCUGAAUUUAUAGACAGAGAUUUCCCAUGCUCCGACGAAUCUAACAAUAAUGAUAAUGUCGAUGAUUGAAAAUAUUAAUUUUAGAUAUUUUACUAAGACUUCCUUAAGGUCUCAUUAUAUUAUAUUUAUUUGUUCCUGAUUU